ACGUAGAGAAUAUUUACAAGUUUUGCAUCAGACGAACGAAGUGACAGUAUCUAGGCUACGUCUCUUUCAAGUUGUGUCAGGCCUUUAACAAAUCUUCUUUUUGGCACUGACAAUGGCGACCGUAAAAAUAAUCGUUUUGUCGUUAUUAGUUUUGUUUCUUCCUCACAUCAGAUGCUGGAAUGAAGGAGCUGUGUUGCUGCGCGAUGUUCAGGUCCUCACUUUGUACAAGGGAAGAUAUACCACAGCUAGGCGCUCAAGUCCCGUCCCGCAGCUGCAAUGUGUUGGGGGAUCGGCGGGUUGCGCAUCUUUUAUCCCUGAAGUGGUUCAGUGUCAAAACAAAGGGUGGGAUGGAAUUGACGCUCAGUGGGAGUGCAAAGCAGACAUGGACAAUACCUACCGGUUUGGACGCAUCGAGGUGAGCUGCGAAGGCUUCAACCAGCCUGACGACCCCUACAUCCUCAGGGGCUCCUGUGGGCUGGAGUACACCCUGGAACUGACGGAGGAAGGCCGCAGCCGACACUCCCACCAGGGCUGGGGUGGUGGUGGUGGUGGAGGAGGAGGAGGAGGAGGAUGGGGCUCCAGUGGCUUCUCCCAGUUUGCAUCCAGCUUCUUUUCGGGCAACAAGCAUCAUGGGGGUCAGCAGCAGAGAGCCAGCUCGGGAUACGGGCAGCACCCAUCAGGGGAUGGAGAGGGGGCAGGGGGUCUGGUUGUGAUAGCUUUGCUGCUGUUGCUGGCUUACGGCGUGUACAAGAUGUUCCUGUGUGGGCCCACACAUGGGCAAGGCCAAGGGCAGGAGCGUUUCCCCAGUGACGGAGACUGGCAGAAUGGCCAGGGAGGUCACAGCGGCCCUCCUCCUCCAGGGUUCAAGCCAGAUUACAUGGGGGCAGAUCACUCAUCAGGCUAUCCAGGGUCAGGUCCUAGUUAUGGCUUUGCUGACCAGUUCACCAGACCCCACUCUAGUUCUCGUCACAACACUGGUGGAGGUUUUUGGACUGGCAUGGGUACAGGAGGAAUUCUGGGAUACCUCUUUGGAAAUCGGCGUCAACCAACCACUGGUCAUUCUUGGGGAUCAAACACCACCCAAAACACUCCCAGGACCCCACCAGCAAGCUCCGGAACACGCACUGCCUCUGGAUUUGGUGGUACCAAAAGGCGAUGAGGACAAAUAACUUAAUGGAACAACCUUUGCAAUAUGAUCACUUUGUGUGGGAAGCAUUUUGAAUGUGAAAUUAGCUUUUCAAGCAACAAAGGCACCUUAGGUUGGGUAGAAAGAAAAAAUUUUUUUUUUUAAAAAUGUGAAUGCAGGGAUACCUAACUUCACGAUGCCCAAACCAUGGCUGUAGCCUUACAGUAUGGACGAGGUUUCUAAAAGCUACGGUGUCUCAAAAAAAACAAAAAACCCUAAUAUAAAAUGGCCACAGUUUUACUCUUCCUGUAAACGGUUACUGUUAUAUCAACAUUAGGGCCAACAUUUUAACUGCACUGAUGUGGACACUAGAAUUGUUUGCAGGAUUAUCCUAUAUGCAGUUGUUUUAUGGCUCCUGUCCAUUUAUAGUAGUCCUUAUGUCAAGUUGUUGGGUUUUUUUUACAGUGGUGUGCAUCAGACAAAAGGUUGUUAAAAUGGCUUGAGUUGUCUCUAGUUUUUAGUAAAAGCUAUAUCAUGUGGGUCCAAAGACCUGAAACUGAGUGAAAUUUCCCCAUUUGCAAAAAAGAAAUAAUAAACAAUAAAGGACUAAACUUUGUUUGAAAGACAAGAGGGCGAUUUACACUCCAAAUUGAAAUGAGUUGAUUUGAAUAUGUCUGUUUUGCAGUGACAUUUUAAUGUAUUACAGAAUAUCUAAGAUAGUAGUCCUGAUUCGUGCAAAAAAGAGACAGCUGCAGACCAAUUGAUAAAUUCAGUUUAUCUGUUUCUAAGGUUAUUCACAAAUUUAUAUUUCAUGAUAUACUGUAAUGAGACAUACAGUAUGUUAGGAUGCAUCUACCGGUAAAUGUAGAGCUAUCUUAAACUAAAUUAGGCAUUACAUGAUAAUAUUAAAAUAAGUAUCACUUGAAGUAUUUAUCGUCAAAAAUGUGAAUUUGCAUCACAGGUCAAAUGUGAGUCUAAAGAACUUGACAGAAACAUUAACAUCCAUUUUGUCCAUAUUUGGUUGGACAUUUUCAAAAUGUUGCACCAAUCUGUGUAGCCCUCAUACAAUUGUAAGCAGGUCAGUGUGUUUGUGUGCAAUGAUCUUUCCUAGGCCAUGUUUCCUCUAUAAUUUUCCUCAUAUUAUAUUCAGCAUCCUUUUAAAAAUAUCAUGUUUUAUGAGUUUGAUAUAAAUAAAAAAUGAUUUGUUGAUUUAUA